UAAGGGUUGGCGGGGAUUUGUCCUGUGCGCAGGAGAGAAGAAUCUCGGUAUUCUUUAGGCAGGUGCACACGUUAUCCUAUUGGUUCAUAGGUUUUGGCAAACAGCAGGCCCUUCCAUUCUCCCCGAAGGCGGGCUGAGCGGGGUGGGGGAGGGGCGCGGCGGAGCAUAGUCUUGCAAGGGGUCAGCUGACCCCAGCCCUCCUUGGCUGUCUUGGCUUACGCAGCACAUUCAUUCUCCCGCCCGGGUUUCAGAAGGCGUUUCUGUGUGGCUAAUUAAUUCGUGGGCCCAUGAGGGACCUGAAUAAUAGACUUAAUGACCAAAGCGGUGGGUGAGGGGAGGAGAUGGGCGUGCAGAGGCAGCUCGCAGUGCUCGAGAGGCGCAGAGCCUGGACGUGUUGGCCUGGGCAAUUAAGCGGGGCAGUGAGAAGAUCAGACCUAGAUUUGCGCAGCCUCACAGAGGGCCAGAAUACUUCCUGGCAGGCCACAGAGGAAGCAAUUAGAAUAAGAAGCAGCUGGAUGAAAGUGAGCUUUAAGGCUGUUGCCAUGGGGACUGAGAGACAGAAAGGCAUUUGAAGGGAGACCACUGGCAGGCUUCAGACAAUGGAUGGGAAUGGGGAGCAGAGAGAUGGUACAGUGCAGUUGGAUCUCGGCUUUCUAGGCCAGCGAGCCAGCACACCUGCCUUGCCCUGUUCCCCGGGUGCCCACUCUGACCUCUGUCCGCUCCUUCUUUUUGCUCAGAUUCCUCUGCCUGAAAUGCCUCCCCUCCAUUCUGCACUGUCUGAGUUCCACCUGCUUGCUCCCAGGCAUCUUCCUCGCUCAAGUUGAUUUUGGCCUGCCCCAAAGAGUAAUGAGUCAGUCCUUACUCCCCCAGGGGAGGCCCCACAGCUAGGCAUUCUGCUUUUCUUGUGUCAUCUGAAGCGUGAACUUGCUCAGAGCCUGGCUCCCCACCCCCACCCCACCCCCCUUUAAAGUGGAUGUAACUCAAGUACUGGCUUCAGAGGGUUGUGUGAAUGCAAUGAAAAGCCUUGACUGCAUAGUAAGCACAGGCUUUGCCUCUAAGUGUGUUUCAAGCAGCAGCAGGUGAGAGUGGCAUUUAAUAAGUGCAUGUUGAAGGAAUACGUGAUGGAAAAGAUGUUUACAUGUGGUUUUCUAAAGAUGUGUUUUAAUUUGUGUGCAUGCGUAGCAGAGGGCGUGGGAUCCCCUGGAACCGAGUUGUAGGUGGUCGCGAUCUGCCUGAUGUGGGUGCUGGCAACCUAACUUGGUUCUUCUGGAAGAGCAGCAAGUGCUCCUAACUGCUGGGCCAUGGCUCCAGCCGCUCCCAGGCGCUCUUAUUUCUUAAAAGGCAAAUGGAUACUUUGUACUUGUUUGGCUAGAAGGGAUGAAACGUGUACUUGACAGUCUGAGUUUAUAAUCCUACUGGGGAAUGACCCCGUGGGGCUGGUAGACUCGGACAUCUGCCAGCUUUUUGGUGGAGUUUGUGGAAUCGGAUAUGGCUUUAUCUAGUGAAUGAACUCCGUGGCGGGGCAGUGUGUCACUGGCAACAGGAGUGCCAGGGGAACGUCACCCAGUGAGGCCCAGACUCCUGCAUCUGUGGAGAAAGGAGAUGACUGCUGGGGAGAAAGUCACUGAUAUCAGAGCUGGGCACAUGAAUUUGGGGCCAGUUUGUGUCAGUUCCAAGCCCUUGAUGAGGUUAUUGACUAUCCCAGUCCUCUGACUUGUUCUGUACAGAAAAACCUGAUCUCUCUUGCAUUGUCUGUCCAGCUUGCUGUCAGUCUACGUGGAAGUUACCACUUCAUACUAGUCAUUUUCCAGUUUUUUAUUUCCUUUUAUUUUAUUUUUGUGAUAACAAUAUAAUUACAACAUUUCUCCCUUUCUUUUCCUCCCUCAAAACUGUCCCAUAUGUCCUUCCCUACUGUCCUUCCAAUUCAGGACUCUGUUUUACAAGUUGUUAUUGCACGCAUAUAUGUAUAUUCAUAAUAGGUAUAUAUUCCUAAAUAGAAACUGUUCCUUCUCUAUAAUGUUACUUGUAUGUAUGUUUUCAGAGCUGACUGUUCAGCACUGGACAACCAGUUGGUGUCUCUUCCUCAGGGAAUACUAUUUCUUCUGUUCCCAGCUUUUCGUAGUUGCCAGUAGUUUUUUGUGUAGGGUUGAGAAUUCAUGGGUUUUUCCCAGUCCAGUUCACCUUGUUCAUUGGUGUCAUCCUUGUUCAACACUUGUUUAGGCUGUCAUGUUGGUGAAACUUUAUGGGUGUGCUUCUGACAUUAAUUAGAGACACAAUCUCACAGCAAAUUCUCUGAUCCUCUGGCUCUUACAUUCUUUAUGCCCCCAUCUUUCCCUAUGUUCCCUGAACCAUUACAGAAGGUCCCCUUGACUUAGGAUUUAUUUAUUAUAUAUUUAUUCAUUUAUUACCAUAUUUGUGAUUCUGUAUGUAUAUUGAAAAUUUGGGUAAUUUCUUUCCAAUUUUGAUAGUACAUACGAGAAUGUAAUUCCACUUCCUACUUGGUAAAGCAAUUUGGGGUAUAUUUAAUGCUGCCACACCAGUGGAUUGAGGAAAAGGUGCCAUUUCCCCUUGUCUUUACGUAAAUGAACCAUUGUUUCACUCCACAAGGACAAUUCAACUCUGCAUAGCACGAUAGAUAGAGCCAACUAACAAUGUACAGCCGAGGGCCUCAACUCCCAUCUAGUUUUCCUAGAGAAGUAAGUGGGAACAGGGCUUAGGCUCUAGGCUUUUUCUGCUAAGCCACAAAAACUGAUUCCUAUAGUGCUUUCUGGUCAUUUAUCUAGAGGAAAGAGUCAUAUACAGGUUUUAAAAGCAUGGACUCCAAAGGGAGAUAUUUUUUGGCUCAGUUCCAGAUUCUACCAUAUAUGAGAUUAAAAUCCUUGGGAUGUUGCUGAACCACUGCUAUCUAUGAAAUCAUGGAGACUAUACUUGUCAGGCACAGUUACCAGCUCUCUAUCACAAGAGAUUACAUUACAUUUCCUGUCAUUUAUGGGAAUAAAUUCAAACAGUCAGAAGAGGGCGCCAGAUCUCAUUACAGAUGGUUGUGAGCCACCAUGUGGUUUCUGGGAAUUGAAUUCAGGACCUCUGGAAGAGCAGCCAGUGCUCUUAACCACUGAGCCAUCUCUUCAGCCUGGUACAGCAUUUCUUUAUGACAUCUGUGUCUUCAGUUGAGAACAGCUGCUGUCACUGAGUCAGCUUUCCCAUAUAGUUUUGGUUGCUCCCUGUUGGCACUCCAGCUUUCAAGUCUACUACUAGAUGUGAGGCUGAAGAUUCUGAAUUACUGCCACACUCUGGAUUUCUUCCUGCUUGGUGUUCAAAAGGAUUUUACUACACCUGAAUUUCAUUAACUUUACCCAACUACCUAGAAAACACAUCUCAGACUUGCCAAGAGCUAUCAAAACACCUUUUGUGAUCAACAGCGAGAAAACACUUGGAAAAUUUGGCAAGCAGUUUUUCCUGCUCAAAUGCUCUUCUUCUCAGUUACUGUUUUCAGCUGUGUUCCAGAAAGCUGAGGCUUCUCUGAGCCAGACUUCUGAUCAGUGAAGUAUCGGUGUCCUCGUGCGAGCACUUCCAGCAGGCCCCUACUGAUAGAGUGCACUCUAGCUGAGACUUCUUGCAUUAAAUAGUGCCCUACCAAAAAAAGCUUUACAAAGUGCCAGAGAGACUUUUUACAGUUUGAAAGCUUUUCUUCAUCUAGCUCUCUUUACAUCCAUCUAGUAAAGAUGGAUGUUAAGCUAAAAGAUCGGGACUUCUGGUACAGCCUCCAUGGCCAAGUCCCCGGGUUGCUGGAGUGGGACAUGGGAAAUGAAUUUUUCCUGCCUUGUACCACAGAUCAGUGCUCUUUGGCUGAGCAGAGUCUUGCCAAAUACAAAAUUCAGCUGCUAAAACCACCACCACAGCCUCAGGAGAGGAAGCCCAAUCUUGAUGAUGAUGGUCCUCCCACUGAACCCAGCUUGUGGAUGUGGGUGAAUCCCAACAUUGUGUGCCCCGCCAACAGCAAAGAGGCUCCAAAUCCCAGUCAUAAAGUCCUGCCAAGUGCACCAGGCCCAAAGACUGAUGAGUCCGGCUGCUUAGGGACUCAGAGAGUGAUGCAGCCCUUGUCUUUUCUCCACACUGAGCAUUGUCAGCAACCAAAGCUGUCCGCGUUCUCCAACGACCCUGAUUUCAUAGAGGAGGAGACUGAGGAACAGGAAUGCACAUCCUCUAACAAAUACAACAGGAAGCCCCACACGCUGUACCCUGAGAGGCAGUCCUGGCCACGCCCUCCUCUCAACUACAGCCACCUAGUUGCUCUAGCAUUAAAAAGCAGCCCUUCCUGCGGCCUCAAUGUGCAACAGAUCUACAAUUUUACUCGACAACAUUUCCCCUACUUCCGGACAGCACCAGAGGGCUGGAAAAACACCAUUCGCCACAAUCUCUGCUCCCUGACCUGCUUUGAAAAGGUGCCAGUCCCCCUUGAGGAUGACGUGGAUGGGAAACCUCGCUCUUUUCUCUGGAAGCUCACUGAUGAGGGACACCGCUUCUUUCAGGAGGACACCCGUGUCCUGGCCUAUGCUCGAAAGGAGAGCAUCAAGCAGUGCAUGCGCCAACCAGAGCUGAUAGACCUUCUCUUUCAUUUUUAAUGUUUUCUUCUUUUCUUGUGUGUGUGUGUGUGUGUGUGUGUGUGUGUGUGUGCGCGCGCGCGCGCGCGUGUGUGGUAUGUGCAAGUGUGCGCAUGCAUGCUUAUAUGUGUGUGGGCACGUGUGUGUGGAGACCCAAGGUUAACAUCAAGAAUUUUCCUCCAUUCUCAGCCGGGCGGUGGUGGCGCACGCCUUUAAUCCCAGCACUCGGGAGGCAGAGCCAGGCGGAUCUCUGUGAGUUCGAGGCCAGCCUGGGCUACCAAGUGAGUUCCAGGAGAGGCGCAAAGCUACACAGAGAAACCCUGUCUCGAAAAACCAAAAAAAAAAAAAAAAAAAGAAUUUUCCUCCAUUCUCUUCUACCUGAUUCUUUGAGGCAGGGUCUUUCAGUCAAACCUAGAGCUUAUAGAUGCUGUUAGUCUUCUUACUAGCCAGCUUGCUAGGAUCCCCGAUCUCUGCUUCUGAGGCUGAGAUUGUAGGCAGAUCCUCAUGCCCACCCAGUUUGGCUCUGGGGAUCUGAACACAGGUCCUCUCGCUUGCAUGGCAAGCACUUUAACUGCUGAGCCAUCUCCCCAGCCUUCUCUUUCGUUUUUGAAGUACAGUUGCUCACUUUCUGGAACACUGCCCUGCUUACUGUACCGGACUAACCUUUACUCAUCCAUAACCCUGCCUUGUUUGAUUAGUGCCAAGUCUGUCUCUAGCCACUGUUAAGUAGUCAGAGGUGACUACAGACAAGGCCUAGAUUAAAUCCAGAUGUAGAAUGAUGGAAAGUUCCACAACAGCUGCAAUUGCUCUAUGCUUUGAGCAGAGACAGAAAGUCUUAGGAACCAUGGCAGGCAAGCUAGGGAUAGAAAAGCAUGUUAUGCUUAUUGGAGUAAACUGUGAAAUAUAAAGGACAAAUACAAAAUAAACCCAGGCUAUGGGAACCUUGGGUGCCAUGUGACGGUACAUGUGCAUAAAGAGAACUAGCCUUUGUGUUUGAAGUGUGGAGAGUUAAAUAUCCCCUUCUACCAUUCAUCGACUGCAUCUUUUGGAGUGACCUGUUUUAUCCCUCAGAGCCUCACUUUUCUCUUUCUAGUCCUAGACUUAACAGCUUUGUUCUCUUGCUAUUCAGCUCCCGCAGUGACAAACGCAGGCAGCUGUUGUUUGUUUCAAUACUGAAAGUCCUUACAUUGCUUCUGUAUUAACCCUAAGCUUUUUGAUGACAAUGUAUUGGUGCUCAUUUGUGUUUUUCACCAAACUUCAUUUGUGGAAAUGUAAGGUCCGUCUUAAGUGUUAAAGAUAAAAAGCAAACACUUAUUUGUGAGGCCUAGAUAAUUUAUGUGUAAUUAAACGGAGGUGCGAAGUUGCCAUGGAAACAGGGAGACAUCCUUCCUGGAAACAGAAAAGCAUUAAAAAUGAAGUGCCUUUUGAGUUAGCUUUGAAGAAUAAAUGGGAGUUUGCUGAGCACAUAAACUGGAGAAGAAACAUCAUCGGGGCAACAGUGUGAAUAGCGUUAACCAGGUGCUUGGCGAAUUCAGGAACUCAGCUAUCCUAGGGUCCGGAGCCACUGUAUUAAAGGUAACCAAACAGCUUGUCAGUUGUACUUUGGUGUUUAAGGCUCUACAGAACUAAGGACAUAAUUUGUACAUUGCUAAAAAGCACAAACAGAAUACCAACAUAGCGAAUAUUUCAGCCUUUGGCUUUCUAAUUUCAAAAUUCGUUUUUGUAGGUACUAAGCUCAUGAAAUUGGAGUAGUUUUUUGCCUUUUGUGUUAACGCGUUUUUAAAUAUAUGCCAACAUCUAGAAAAUAGCUUUUAACUACGUAUUUAGUUGCCAAGUAUUAGAUGAGAGUAUAAAAUAUCCGUUCAGUACAAAAGCAGCUAAUUUGACAUGAUUAGAGUAAGGGAGACUUCCUAUGGUAGACACAAACCUGUUUGUUUCAGUUUAAUUGCAAAGGCUGUGUAACCAAACAAAAGGAUUCCUGAAAGUCAUUGUAAAUGCUACUUCUGUAUCAUAGUUACUUUGAAAAUGUUGACACAAGAUUCUGGAAGUAAAAAAGUUUUCUAGCUAAA